AUGCCCUCCCCCCAAAUAAACUCAGAUUUGGCUUUGCACAAAUCACAGCUCAACGAUUUUUUGUCCAAGAAAUAUGUCGACCAGCCGCUUCUCCUAGGCUUCACUGCUGUGGUACAAAGCAAGUUUUGCAAAUGGAUUCAAGAUGACAUCGAUUUGCUUUAUCAUAAUAGUCAUAACUUGCAAAAUGGGCAAGCCGAUCUUGCUAAAUUUGAACUGGUUCAACUUCUUGAAACUUUUUGGACCCAGUUCAUCCAUCCUAUCAUCAAGUUCUAUCAACGCCAACACGCAGAGCUUUUGGGCCUCCUGCUUCAACCGAAAAAGGGUUCUAAAUCGAAGUUCAAAUCUGUCGAAAUGAGAAAGCUUAACGAAUACUUCAUGAAGUUUGCGAAAUGCGUGAUUUCAUUCUACGACAAGGUUAUGCAAUAUGUGGCCGGCUCCUUCACCAACUCGUUAAUCCCACUGUUCUUCUUCAAAGAAUUAGAAAUCGAAAUCAGCUCUUCUCAAAAUGAGGCUUCUGAUUCUAACUUCUUGAACAGUACCAAGGUCAUACUUUACCAAUGUCUUUUAGGGCUCGGUAACGUAACAAGACACUCUGCCCAAAUUGAUAUCUCAUAUGUGCAGCCUUGCAAAUCCAUGGCACUGUACCAACUUUACACUAAGAAUGAAAAGCCAAUUGCUAAUCUCAAAGAAAAAUUUGUGAUGCCUUUGCUCUACUAUUCUAAAUGCAUUCAGUUAUUUCCCAAUAUGACUGAUCCUUAUAAUCAUAUUGGUGUCAUCUACAACUCCGUCCAGGAGAAGUUUCUAGCUGUUGAAUGGUUUUCACGAGCUCAAUUGACCAGCAGUCGCAAGCGUGAUAUUGCCAAAUACAACAUGGCAACCAUCUUUACUAAACCGUGGUUAGAAGAAACAUAUUCUCGGGUGUUGAAGACUCCUUCUAAAUCGUGGUCUAUUUCCGAAUCACAAAUCAUUUUGCUCCGCAUCUUGGGACAUCUCUUUUACCCCCAGGCGUACAAAAAGCCUAUGUAUUACGAUAAAACGGCAGUCGACUUUCUUCUGACCUUAUUUAUUCAGUCGAACCUAUGGCCUUAUGUGAGAGAUGCUCGCAUUAUCUCUGAUAUGCUUAUUGUUUUGAUGUCCUUCUUCAUUUUAGCAGAGUCUGAGCACAGUAACGAAGCAAGCACAAAGUGUGGUUCUCUUUUAACUCGCUUUGUUGUCAAUUAUCUCAAGCAUGUCUCCAGGUGGCAUUCUGACACGCGCGAUAAUACUGGUGUAUUACAGAAUAUUCGUACGAUUUUGGCGUUCUGUCAUGAAUUUCCUUCCUCGUAUAAGUAUUCGAAAGAAGACAUAGUUCGUGCUUUGCAUCAAGCUAUCUGGGCCAUCCUUAGUGACGAAGAUGAAACAAGCAUACUGAAUCUUUUGAUAGCAUUUUCAGAUAACCAAGUCCCUGUAAGGUCAUAUUUGUUUUCUGAAGACGUACAAUUCAAAGAUUUUGUGGCCAUUGGUUCCAGAUUCAAGGAUUUCAAUGAUGAUCAUCUAUACAAAAGUGGGAAUGUGGACUUGCUCUAUGGAUCUUACUAUUACGCAAAUCUGAAGGAAAUUCCAAGCUUUUUAGACAAUGAAGCAGCACAGAGAAUCAACAAAAAUGCCGAGCUCCAUGGUUACGACCGAGAAUCGGCAAUUAAAGAAGAAUGUGUUCGUUAUGAAAACUACCUUCGCUUACAUGCUGCUGUUAUUUUUAUGAAGAAACUUUUCCCGCAUAGUUUCAAAGUCGAUGAAGACUCUCAGUCUUUGGUUCUCGAAAAAGUUGAAAUACCAGCUACGCAAAAAGAUACCAGUAAGGGAAAAAGAAGUAACCGCAAGAAGAGAGUUAAAAACACUAACGAUUCCCAAAGUUCAGAUGCCUAUGUCCAGAGUGAAGUUCCACAAACAAAACAAAUUGCGGCAUCUUUGGAUGAAAUAGAACUGAUGAUUGCUGGCCAUGUUUCUGGAUUUCAAAGCACUCAGCCAAGCAGAGAUAUUAGUACAGAAGGUGGGCUUGCUGACAUGGUUAACUCUAUUGUUAGUGAUGAUGAAGGUGUUCAAGUUCAAUCUAGCCAAAAGCAGCGAUCAUCUCCGAAUGUUUCUGUAACUUCUCGGUCUGAACAUGAGCAACUGCAAACGCCUCCUCCAUACCCUUUACAGAGUCCUCCAUCCAGACCAGAAGUAAUGGGCUUCUACCCUGGAAUGCCCCAGGAGCCAUUCGCGCCGCAGCAAGUUCCAUUUGGGUAUCCACCCCCAGGCUUUUUGGUAUCACAACCUGGACACCCGUAUUACUCCAUGCACCAUCAAAUGGGACGUGGAAUUUUCCCACCACCUCCUCCACCCCCUCCCGGGCCAUGGCAAUACGAUACCCAAAAUGGUGCCGUGUACACAAACGAAUCUCAGAACUAUAACCAAUACCGACAAUGCCCUCAAUACCAACGGUGA